AUGUCAAUGAAGGUGAAGGAAGUGUUUCCACAAGUGGAAGAAAUUGUUCCAAAGGUGAAGACUUUUUUGGACGACACCAAUGGAAUCAUUGAAGCACUUCCGACCAAGAGGCAACUCGGACUUGGGGUGCUCGGAAUCGGCUUGAUCCACUUUUAUAUCCCCUUUACACCUCCGAGAGCUGGGUCCCAUCAGCAUGAGAUGUAA